AUGAGCAGGAUUAGGGGCCUCCCGCCUGAGGUCAGGGAACCAGGCCCUGGAGUGGAACUUGGGGUGGAAAAUGGCCUUCUUUGUCAACUGAUUCAUUCUCCAGAAUUCAACUUGUUCUCCAGCUCUAUGGUGUUUGAAAGCAACUUUAUCCAGGUACCGGGGGCUGAUUUCCAGGUCACUAAGCCCGGAAAAUGGAUGAAUGUUUCUGGAGGGUCUACCACCGUGGUCCUCGGGGUGACCUCCUCUGUGCCCUCCUUGCCACUCCCCAAUGUCCUCCUGAUGGCCACGGUCAUCUGGCCCCGGGGUCCUUUUGCCACCUGGAGAAAACCUGGUGAUGCCCCAGUCAUCACCCUCAGCAGGAUUCUGCCCCUGAAGUACGUGGAGAUGCAGGUCUGUGACCGGCUUCAGCGCGUUCUGAGGGUGAGGACAGUGACUGAAAAGAUCUACUACCUGAGGCUCCACGAAAAACACCCUGAGGCCGUGUUUCAGUUCUGGACCCGCUUGGUGAGAAUUCUGCAGAAAGGCCUGUCCAUCACCACCAAAGACCCUAGGAUCAAAUUCACUCACUGCCUGGUGCCCAAGUUGUCCAGCAGCUCCACUGAGACAACACCUGAAAACAGCCUCCUGUCAUCAUCCCAGCCCAGUGAAAACCUCAGGCUGCUGACAGCAGAGCAGACCAGUGGAAGUUCAUUGCAGCUUGCAGAACAGUCCCAGCUCCCAGCAGCCAUAAACACCAACAUGACCACUGAAAUGGACAAUUUCAACAGCAAUGACAAGACACCCUCCCCAGCGGCAACUCCAGUCACUUCAAAUAUACCCAUGAGAGCCACCUUGAGCCACAGCCUCUGGGAACAAGAGAACUCAAAUGAGCACUUCUUCGAGGCACCUGUAGCCAGUUCCCUAGGAGAGAACUUCUGGGGACCCUAA